AUUUUGCAGCGGCAUAUGCUCCGUGUAUAAUUUGUGGGAUUAGUAAAUCAUUCUAGUUGUAGUCUUGAGGAGUGCGUGAGUGUGUUUUUUGCCCUUUUCUUCUAUUCGGCUAAAUGGGUGAUCACGCAUUCGCCUUGCAACUGCCUGCUCCCUCUCUGCUGUCCGAGCUGUCCCAGUUCAUCAGAUUCUACAGCAGCACUGCGAGUCCCGUCUAUGAUCUGCUUCAUGACAGCCAUAAUAAUAACUCGUCGUCUCUGUUUUCCCCCGUUUCAGCUCAGCAAACCAUGCAGGAUGAUUUACUGAUGGACAAAAACAAAGCCCAGCCUCAUCAUCAGCAAGAUCCCACGCAAGUAGACCCUCCUCCUCCUUCCACCCCGACCCCGUCAUCGGAACCGACAUCUCUAUCGGACUCGGAGAGCCCGUCGACUGGGAACAACCAGGCGGCUUCAGCACUCAGCGUCAACGGCAAAGACAAGGUGCCGAUGGAGUCGCCGAUCCUGCCCGGGUUGAGCUUCCACCACCAGCCGCAGGAGACCGGCGGUCCCCUCUCCUCUCCCUCCUCCACAUUUGGGAGCACUUGGUCCACGGGAACCACAAACGCCGGCGUGGACGACAGCUUUUUCCAGGGAAUACCAUCGGUUAACGGGACGAUGCUUUUCCAGAACUUCCCGCACCCUGUCAACCCCGUCUUCGGGGGCAAUUUCUCCCCGCAGAUCGGCUUGGCUCCACAGACUCAGCACCACCAACAGCCCGCAGCCCCGCAGCAGCAGCAGCAGCAACAGCAGCAGCAGAGGAGAUCCCCUGUUAGCCCCAACCAGGGCCCCUUCCCACAGAGAAACGCUUAUCAAACCAUCCUGAAUAACAGUAAGGGUUCUUCUAAUUCUGCUCCAUCCUCCGCUUGGAAUAAUCACCAGAACGCCGGCUGGGGCACAUCCUCUAACCCAUGGAGCGGGCUGCAGGCGGGCAGGGACCCGCGCCGGGCGGUAGGAGUCGGUGUAGGGGUCGGUGUCGGUGUCGGUGUCGGUGUGGGAGUCGGGGUGCCGUCAACUCUGAACCCAAUCUCCCCUAUGAAAAAGCCCUACAACAGCAAUGUUAUAGCACCCCCCAAAUUCCCAAGACCUGGUCCCCUCACCCCCAAACCCUGGAUGGAGGACAGCGCCUUUAGGACUGACAACAGCAACAACAUACUGCCUUUCCAGGACCGGAAUCGGCCCUUUGAUGCUUUUAGCUUGCACUCAUUGGAGAAUUCCUUAAUGGAUAUGAUAAGGACUGACCACGACAAAGGUAAACCACACCCUGCUGGUGGCCCACCAAUGACUAUGGCUGAUAUUAUAUGGAGGAAUCAUUUUGCAGGACGUAUGGGCCUCAACUUUCAUCAUCCCGGAGCAGACCAUAUAAUGCCGUUAAACACCCGGAGCUAUGGCCGCAGAAGAGGUCGUUCCUGCCUUUUUCCCUUCGAAGAUGGUUUCCUCGACGAUGGCCACGGUGACCCCUCCUUGACCCCCGGCCUGAACUCACCGACCCGCUGUCAGAAUGGAGAGAGGAUGGAGCGCUACUCUAGGAAGGUUUUUGUUGGAGGCCUUCCACCUGACAUAGAUGAAGAUGAAAUCACCAACAGUUUCCGUCGCUAUGGGCACCUGGUGGUGGACUGGCCCCACAAAGCUGAAAGCAAAUCCUACUUCCCGCCCAAAGGUUAUGCCUUCCUGCUGUUCCAGGAAGAGACUUCAGUCCAGGCCCUGAUCGAUGCCUGCAUUGAGGAGGAUGGAAAGCUGUACCUGUGUGUAUCCAGCCCCACCAUCAAAGACAAACCAGUCCAGAUCCGUCCCUGGAACCUUAGCGACAGUGACUUUGUCAUGGAUGGCUCCCAGCCUCUGGAUCCUCGCAAAACAAUCUUUGUAGGAGGAGUUCCCCGGCCUUUGCGUGCAGUUGAGCUGGCUAUGAUCAUGGACCGCCUGUACGGAGGCGUCUGCUACGCCGGCAUCGACACAGACCCAGAGCUCAAAUACCCAAAGGGCGCAGGUCGUGUGGCUUUCUCCAAUCAGCAGAGCUACAUCGCUGCCAUCAGCGCUCGCUUCGUUCAGCUGCAGCACAAUGACAUCGACAAGAGGGUGGAGGUGAAGCCAUACGUCCUGGAUGACCAGAUGUGUGAUGAGUGCCAGGGGGCUCGCUGCGGGGGGAAGUUCGCCCCCUUCUUCUGUGCCAACGUCACCUGUCUGCAGUACUACUGCGAGUACUGCUGGGCCAGCAUCCACUCCAGGGCCGGCAGAGAGUUUCACAAGCCACUAGUGAAGGAGGGGGGAGAUCGCCCCCGCCACGUCUCCUUCCGCUGGAGCUGAGAGGGGGAAGCCACAUGAGUCAGCUCUGCCUUCGUGAACCCACACCUGACCCCCCCAUCCCUUAAGAAAAAAAAACAUCAAGCUACAACAGCAUCAACAAACACACACAUCCUUAACACUUCCACCCUGCACCACACACACACACACACACACACACAAACACAUUUUCUGAGAACAGAAUAGGAUCAAACGCAUGGGACUGUCUUCAUACCACACAGCUGUGGACUCGUAUCUUGUCUGAUGAAACACUGUGGGGAUGUAAGAUGUAAGUCUAAUCGCUUAGAAUUUGCACUUUAGCAAAGAGUCUGACACACACACAUGCUCACACACACACACACACACACACACAGGAUGGUAUGUUAGAAUCCUGGCUACUCUCGGCUCCCUGCCCUGUCGACUAGGUCGUCCCUCUGGACUCCAUUCACUAACACAAAGGCAGGGCUGUAAAAAUAUUUUUCAAACAAGUACAUGUUUGUAUCCAUCUAUAUAUGUACAAAUAUAUAGGUAGUUCAAAACUGAUAUAAAAAGAGCAUGCACUUAGUCGUAUCGGCCCAGGUCAAAGUUCAUCAACCCCUUGAGGUGAAACUAAUGCACAACAAUCCUAAUAUGGCAUACAAUGUAGCAAGAUUUAACAUCUAUCCCAUAGUGUGGGCUCGUAUCGCCCAGAGGUAAAGUAACACUGCUUUCAUUGGCUUUGGAUUUCCACUCACCAUAUAUUAAUACCUCAUAAGCAUAAUCAGAUUAGUUUGUUUUCAAUUUCAAGGUCUUUAUUUUUAUAAUAACAUUAUUUUUUAGUGUUAUGUAAAUGUAAUGCUGCAAUAGCUGUGCUGCUAAACCUGUGGUAUGAUCAUAUACCAUAAUUACUUUAUUCAGGCUAGAGUGUAUUAUAAUCACAGACCCAGAGGAAGUACCUGGUGAUGUUCUGUCAAGGGGGUGAAGGCGCCCCCUAGUUGAAGAUGGCUACCUUUAUCAUGUCGGGGGGGUGGGGGUGGGUUGCCCCUUAAAACUGCAUGUUUAUUUCAAUCAGGUUGCUGCAUGCAAUACACUUUUUUAGUACCAUGUCUACUAUUGGAUUCUGCCCUCGUUUGCACAAACACACGUACACACGGAGACUGGACAGAAACAGGGAGAACUGGUCAAACCUGGCUGGUGGUGGUGGUGGUGGUGACUCCAGAGCUGAGGGUUCGACCUGCACACAUCCUGACGUUAGGGCAGGUGAAAAAAACAAAACAAAAACAACAGUUUUAAUAAUAAGAAUAAUAAUAAUAAUCAUGAUUCAAAUGACAUGUAGGAUUACCAUUUAAAUCUGUCUAUGAUAGGUGAAGUACUAUUUUGCAGUGAUUGUUGUUAUAAUUGUGCAAUUUUUUAUACAGUAUGUAGUUAGAUCUGAGUAUGCCUAGAACUGUGAUUCGCUUUAACUGUCGUCAGUGUCCGACAUAGGAGUCCUGUGAAACUUCAUAACUUGUGUAUGCACACGUGCAGUAUAUAUAUAUAUUUAUAUAUAUAUAAUAUAUAUAUAUGUUCUCUUCUUGUACACACAUUUGCACCAGUAUACACAGAAGCCUCUGUAAACACACACACACACACCAAACACAAAUAUGGAUAUUUAUCUCUCUCUUCUGCACACAAACAGUCUGAUCUGAGGCGAAGAGGCAACAAUGUGAGCUUCAACUUUAAGAAACACAAAAAAAAAAAUGGAGGGAUUCUUUUUUUGGUUUUUGUUCCGAAAGAAAAAAAAAGCCAGUUUACAUCGCACAGUGCAACCAAAGAGCUCACGUUUGGUUUAUUUUUUACAGACUGUCGCCCUGCCUGCUGAAGGUGCAGCGGGUUAGAUGGGGACAGAAGGCAGUUGCAAGGACGAAGAUAGGGGACAGGGUCGGCUGGACGGGGGUGGGGAGUGUGGGUGGGUGGGUUAAAUAUAUACAUUGAAGCUACUGGAUACUUGAGGUUAGGAAAGAAACCUGAGCUCUGCACAUAGUCUCACUACAUGACAGGGGUGACAAUAUUUAUCCAAAUUUUUUAUAUAGUUUAUUUCCUGUGAAGCUUGAAUUAAUGGACCUGCUUAAUUAUGGUGGAAAUAUAUACAGGACAAAGGCAUAUGUCAAAACAUAAAUUUAUAUAUAAAUAUAUAUUAUUUUGUUUUUAUCAAAUGGUUAUGUUGUGUCAAUGGGAACUGACCACUGAGUGGGUUGGGGGGAUAACUGGGACCAUAUCGGUGGACCGUUACCACUGAUGUGGGACAGUGGUUCUCAAAUGGUGACACCUGGGUGAGUCCUGACUCAUGGGUGAGUCUUUCUCCCAAAGCCUGAAUACUUGUUAUAAAGCCCUUAAUUUCUCAUCACAAAAAUAGUCAAGAAGUAGUCAAAAAGUGGACAGAAGUGGUACUACAGUGCCUUGACUUUGGCAUUUCCAACAACUGUGGACAUAAAACCUUACAGCUGUAAUCCAACGGACCUAAAGUCCCUGUCCACUGUCGUGUCAGCACAGCCUGUCCAGUUGUGAUCAUCAAAGUUAAACCUAUCUGGUAGAAUAGAGUGAUUUCCAAUUUGAAGUAAAAUUACGCAUCGGAUACGAUCGUCGAAAACACUGAGCACGCUGACAUAGCAAAUCCUACCAAGGUCGUCCCCCUGAUCCACUUUGAAUCCAGACCCACCAUUUGAGAAACACAGAAAAAGGAGUGUUUGUUUUUAUUUUUUUAUUUUUUUUUUAUUUUGGUAGUUACAUUGAAUUAUGCUACAGAUACUUCGCUGCUGAAAGAGAAAUCGUCACCUCAGAUAUUUGGGGUUCAGAUUUUGAGGUGUGGGUGAGGGGGGUGAGGUUUGGGGGGUUUUUUUCAGCAGUUUUGCGACAAUUUGAUUACUUGCGUGAUGAAAUCUGUGACUUGACAACCCCCCGCCCCUCCACACACAAACACACACACACAUACACACACACUGACUCGACCCUCUCCUUUUUUCCACCCUUUGUAAAUUUGAUGUGAUUGCCCCCUACUGGUGCCCCAUGGUCCUGCCCCCUUCUCUGGUUUUAGUCGCAAACUGUUUUUUUUUUUCCUUUAUGUUUAGUAUCAAUGUUUUAUUUGUUCGUUCUCAUCUGAGGUUCAAAAAAGAAACUUAAGCAGAAGAUAGUUUUUUUACUUAGAAAAAGAGGCUAACCAUAAGUAAUAAUGACGAUAAUGAUAAUAAUAACAACCCGUAUCCCUAUGAAAGUGAAUUCUGGGUGUUUUUUGUGACAUUUCUUUCCUGGCCCAGACUGCUUUUCUAUGUUUGUUCCUUCUCUAAGAUAUAAUAGAUAUUUGUUAUGCACUACUCUUUGUAUCUGAACACUUUUGGACAGUCAGCAGAUGGUUUUUGUUCAAAGAAAAAGAAAAAACCCAGAGAGAGGGAGGAUACGGCAUGCUUUCUGACUGACAGGAUCGUUUUGCAAUACCUCAAUUUUGAAAUAUAUUAGGAAAGAAACUGAUAUUUUCUAAAUAAGUUUAUUCAAAUGAAAAUAUAUAUAUUAAUUUAAUUCUUAUUCAAGCGAAAUGAUUUAACAGAUGGUCGAUUUUUUUUUAUUUUUUACCAUGCUUAUUUGCUUUUACUUUGAGAAUUUAUUUUUGAAAAAAAAAAGAUAACUGAAGGAGCUAGAGCUUUAUUUACUAAUAUAAUGACGUAGUUAUUGAGAAUAGUCUAUCACAGCGUAGGCAACGGCACGAGUCCCAUUGGUCAAAUUGGACAAGAUCAUUUAAGAGGAAGCUCUUAAGAGAUAAAUAUAUCUUAUCAGGUGCUCUGAGAGAAAACUGAACAUGUUCCCCGAGUUUUUUGUAUAUUUAUAAUCAAUGAUUUACUAUGCUGACCAGAGUUGUGAAAGAGAUCUUCUGUUCAUUAUUUUUUUAAGAGAUGUUUUUUAUGUUUCCUAUUCGUAUAUAUAUGCUCCACUUUUGUUUUGUAAAAAAAAAAUUAGAAAAAAAGUGACGUGACCCUUCUUUGUUAGCCUGAAAUAAAAAAGAGACUUGUGAGAGUCGCCGGAGAGCGGGAGGUGAGGUGAAGAGAAAAGAAUGUUAUUUUUAACACAGGACAGACAAAAGUCUUUUCGUCCGUAACUUGAUCGAAAGCCCCUAAAGGUGCAUCAAUUGACUGGUGGCCUUCUAUUCACACAAGACUUGAAUUAGUCCCAUUUUGUAAAGGCUCCGAACCUUGACUCUUUGUUGUAAUGUGCAAUACUGUUUGUACUGUUUGUAGAAAAGAAGAAAACUGAGAUAAAAAAAGAGGCAUAAAAUCUUUAUUGCAGAAUUAUUUUCAUUGCAAGCAUUGUGAUUCACUAAAAACCAUUUUCUACUGUGUACUUUACCUACUCUACCUGCUAGUACCUUCCAGUAGUAAUGUAGCCUUUGUACUGAGAAAUUUUCAUUAUUUUUAGAAAGUUUUGCUAAAAAAAAAGAGAGAAAAGAAUUUAAACAUUUACGUAUUUUAAUUUUUAUUUCAUAUUUUCUUUACAGACAUUUCUCAACCAUUAAGAGUUUUUUCUGGGGGAGACUUUCAUAUCUGGUCAAUGUCAUUCAUAUUUUUUGUAUUUUUACUUGGAAUAAAUUAAUUUUAUGAUCCUAAUUCUUUUAAAGUAUAUGUUUUGUUGCUUUUGUUCACCCUUUUUCAUUUUCAGAAGCUAAGGAAAUCCUAACAACCCUUUGUAAUAUUGUUACUAAAGUGUCUUGAUUCUUGAAAUGCUAAGCUUUAUGUGUUAACUUGCUGAUGUUGCUUUACAUUAGUAUGAAGAUGAUCUACAGAAAAGAAGAAGAAGAAGAAGACAAAAGAACUUCUCAAAAACAACAGGCUAGUGGUUGAUGUUGAAGUGAUCCCCAAUGUAAACCAAUGAAUGGGCAAUAAAAUAAAACUGGCCGAAUGGAGCAGACACAUGA